AAUAUUCCAUGUGACUGGAAAUUCUCUUCCGUUAAAGACGUCACUACAACCGCGCAAUAAAAUCUUUCCCAUAAGCCCAGAAUAAAGGUCAAAUUUAACCGUACUCCCGCCCCGCCCUUGCGCGUACCUGUGGAGGUGCGCACAGCAGCCGCACCUGUGCGCAGCUGCGCACCGCGCCCUCUUUCCACACUCUCCCCUGCCUUUGUGUUUGUGUGCGUGUCUGUCUGUGACUGUCAGUUAGCAGUUUCACCGUCCAUCAACAACUGACCUCUCGCGGACAUGCCGAAGCUUUUAACUUACCUCCACGGUUCGGAGCUGGUGGUUCGGUUCCAGAGACGGUGCGGACUGUAUCUGCUGGAAGCCGAGCAUCACAGCUGCGCCAGGUCGUGCUCUCCAACUGCCAACGGUCACGCGGGCCCACGUGGAGUGAAGCAGCUGGAAGACAGGCACAACAUCCAGGACAACAAACACAACAACAAUCAGUACAAAGAGAAUGGCGGUGGCACUCCUGUCAACAGCAGGCCUCAGUACGAGGUGAGGAACUGGCUGCUGCACUUCCUCUUCCUGUUCUCUUCAGGCCUGGGUCAUGAAAUCUUCUACAUCACUUUUCUUCCCUGCAUUCACUGGAACCUGGACCCAUUUCUGUGUCGACGCCUCGUCAACAUCUGGGCUAUGGUGAUGUACAUCGGCCAGGUGAUGAAGGAUGUGCUUAAGCUACCUCGUCCUCUGUCGCCCCCUGUGGUCAAACUGGAGACGCGCGUUGAUGCAGAGUACGGCCUUCCCUCCACACAUGCUAUGGCCUCCACUGCCAUCUUCUUCAGUUUUUUACUCAGUGCGCCAUCAAGGAUACAGUUCCAGUUCGAGGUGGGUGUGCUGAUCGCCGUGACGCUGUCGUCCUUGGUUUGUCUGAGCCGUCUCUACACUGGCAUGCACUCAGUUUUGGAUGUGAUCUGCGGCGCUCUGAUCUCUGUUCUACUGGUGUUCCUGACAUAUCCAUACUGGGAAACCUUUGACAGUUUGCAGCUGACCAGUCACAUCUCCCCCGUUAUUUCCUUGGUUUUGCCGAUCUUCCUCAUCUACAUCUACCCAGAGCUGGACCACUACAGCACCACCCGGGGGGACACCACCACCAUUCUAGCAGUGGGGGCUGGAUGCUCUGUCGGCUACUGGGUGAAUGAGCAGCUGGGGCAGACCUUCGAGCCCCAGGGGCCGUUACCUGUUCCUCUACCUACUCUCACAGCUAAAGUUCUAGUUAUAGCCGCGGUCCGAUUUCUCUUAGGGGUCGCUGCGUUAGUGGCAACUCGGCAGAUAAUAAAAACCCUCAGUCUGCGUGUGUUAUAUUCAUGGUACGGGGUGUCGAAAAGAGACAAGCACGUCAGGAGGAGGAAAGAAAUCGAAGUGCCACAGAAGUUUGCUACGUACACGUCGAUCGGACUCGUAAAUUCUAUACUGGUUAACAGACUCUUCAUGUCAUUAGGCCUGCUAUGACCUGAACACGACGAGCCCAACUCCAAACAACAAAAUGUACCUCAUAUUUAUUUCAGUACGUGGUUUUUUUUUCAAGAGUGGUUCUAUGUGGUACUUACGCAGCGUGAACUUCCUGCGCUGCACAAAUUUAAUAACUAAAACAUGUUAGGACGAGUAUCUGGGGCGUCGCCAAUAGCUUAUAUUACUGUACUACAUAUAUAUAUAUUUAUUAAGCUUGAGCUGUGUUACAUUUAUAUGAUCAGGUUUUACAACAAUCCCAAAUUGUGAAAUCAGAGUAAAUUCAGCAGCGUGUGAGGUUUGAGGGGAGGGCACGUCCUCAACAAAACAGGAUAAAGUGCAACAUACAAUUAUUACAUAUAAAAUUGUAGUUACGCACUAUAAAUUCUAUUGCUAUUACAUUGUAAUUGUGUAAUUGUAAAAGUGAUUGAUUUUCCAA